GCUGCCGGAGACUGAAGUGUGUGUGUGAACGCGCGGGUGUGUGUGUGUGUUUGUGUGUAUGUGUGUAUGUGUGUGCUGGAUCAGCUGCUGGACAUAUCACACCGUCACCUGCAGGACGGGCCCAUGCGCGAGGCUCCACGGCUCUGCUCUCACACACACGGCUGCAGCUCCGGCUGAGAUGGCGGAGUUCCCGUGCCGCCACAGGACACUUCUGUCGGUCGUGGUCUUCUGUUUCCUGCCCCGCAUCACGUCCUCCCUCAACCUGGAGGACCCCAACGUCUGCAGCCACUGGGAGAGUUACUCGGUGACCGUGCAGGAGUCUUACGCCCAUCCCUUCGAUCAGAUCUACUACACCAGCUGCACGGACAUCCUCAACUGGUUCAAGUGCACCAGACACAGGGUGAGCUACCGGACAGCGUAUCGCAGAGGAGAGAAAACCAUGUACCGCAGAAAGUCCCAGUGCUGCCCAGGCUUCCUGGAGAACGGAGAGAUCUGUGCUCCUCAUUGUGCAGAGAGCUGUGUUCACGGCCGCUGCAUGGCCCCCAACACCUGCCAGUGUGAGCCAGGCUGGGGGGGCUCCAACUGCUCCAGUGCGUGUGACAGCAGCCACUGGGGACCCCACUGCAGCAACCGCUGCCAGUGCCAGAAUGCGGCCCUGUGCAACCCCAUCACCGGAGCCUGUAUCUGCUCUCCCGGAUACAGAGGCUGGCGCUGCGAGAGCCAGUGUGAGACGGGUGCCUAUGGAAACGGAUGCCAGCAGAAGUGCCAGUGCCAGAACGGUGCUGCCUGUCACCAUGUGACCGGAGAAUGCAAGUGCACACCAGGAUACACUGGCGCUUUCUGUGAGGACCUCUGUCCUCCGGGGAAACACGGGCCGCAGUGUGAGGAGAGAUGUCCGUGUCAGAACGGCGGAGUGUGUCACCACGUGACCGGAGAGUGCUCCUGUCCUGCAGGAUGGAUGGGGACAGUGUGCGGCCAGCCUUGUCCAGAAGGGAGGUUUGGACAGAACUGCUCCCAGGAAUGUCAGUGUCACAACAACGGCUUCUGUGUCCUGUCCACUGGACAGUGUCUCUGCACCCCUGGAUACACGGGAGAAAGGUGCCAAGACGAGUGUCCCGUUGGUUCCUAUGGUGCCGGUUGUGCAAAGACGUGUCGCUGUAAGAACAACGGCAAGUGCUACCACACCAACGGGAUGUGUGUGUGUGAGCCCGGAUACACGGGGGAGGUCUGUGACGCGCGCCUGUGUCCUGACGCCCGCUACGGCCUCCGCUGCGACAGGAAGUGUCCGUGUCACCCCCACAACACACAGAGCUGCCACCCGAUGUCAGGGGAGUGUACCUGUCGGCCUGGCUGGUCCGGCCUCUACUGCAACGAGACCUGUGCACCGGGGUUCUAUGGCGAGUCCUGUCGCCAGGUGUGCCAGUGCCAGAACGGUGCCGACUGCCACAGCGUGAGCGGCGAGUGCGCCUGUGCCCCGGGCUUCACGGGUCCCAACUGUUCGGUGCAGUGCCCAGCAGGGACACACGGAGUGAACUGCUCCUCCGGCUGUAACUGCAAGAACAGAGCUCAGUGUUCACCGGUGGACGGAUCCUGCUCCUGCAAACCAGGGUGGCACGGGGUGGACUGCUCCAUCAACUGUCCCAGUGGGACCUGGGGUCUGAGCUGUAACCUCACCUGUAUGUGUGGGGACGGGGGCUCGUGCAACGCCCUGGACGGCCACUGUACCUGUGCCCCCGGCUGGAGGGGAGACAAGUGUGAACUCCACUGCCAGGACGGGACCUAUGGUCUGGACUGUAGAGAGCGCUGUGACUGCAGUCAUGCUGAUGGAUGUCACCACUCUACUGGUCACUGCCGCUGUCUGGACGGAUGGACUGGUAUUCACUGUGACAGUGUGUGUGCAGAGGGCCGCUGGGGCCCCAACUGCUCCCUCCCCUGUAACUGUAAGAACGGCGCGUCCUGCUCUCCAGACGAAGGAACCUGUGAGUGUGCUCCGGGAUACAGAGGCACCACCUGCCAGAGGAUCUGCUCUCCGGGUUACUUUGGUCACCGCUGCAGUCAGACCUGUCCACAGUGUGUCCACAGUAAUGGACCGUGUCACCACAUCACAGGACAGUGUGACUGUCUGCCGGGCUUCAAGGGGACGCUGUGCAACGAGGUGUGUCCCAGUGGUCGCUUUGGGAAGAACUGUGUGUGGAGCUGCAGCUGCACCAACAACGGCACCUGUAACCCCAUCGACGGCUCCUGUCAGUGCUACCCAGGGUGGAUCGGCAGCGACUGCUCCCAGCCGUGUCCGCCCGGUCAGUGGGGACCCAACUGCAUCCACACAUGUAACUGUCACAACGGAGCCUACUGCAGCGCCUAUGACGGAGAAUGCAAGUGCACCCCGGGAUGGACGGGCCUCUACUGCACGCAGCGCUGUCCGUUGGGUUUUUAUGGGAGGGAUUGUUCUCAGACCUGCCAGUGCAGGAAUGGAGCCGACUGUGACCACAUCUCUGGACAGUGCACCUGUCGCACCGGCUUCAUGGGACGUCACUGUGAACAAAAGUGUCCUCCCGGUUCCUAUGGUUACGGCUGCCGUCAGGUCUGCGACUGUCUCAAUAACUCCACCUGUGAUCACAUGACUGGUACGUGUUACUGCAACCCAGGCUGGAAAGGAGCUCGCUGCGACCAGGCUGGUGUGGUGGUGGUGGGCAGCCUCACCAGUCUGACCAGUAAAGCCAUGCAGGUUGACACCUACCAGAUCGGAGCCAUCGCAGGAAUCAUUGUCUUGGUGCUGCUGGUGCUCUUCCUCCUACUCCUCUUCAUCAUCUACAGGAAGAAGCAGAAAGGGAAGGAGCCCACCAUGCCCGCUGUGACCUACACCCCUGCUGUGAGGGUCACUGCAGAUUACACCAUCACAGACGCUCCCCCACCAACAUGUGACGCUCACCCCAGCAACUACUUCUCCAACCCCAGCUACCACACCCUGUCCCAGUGCAUCAGCCCCACGCAUGUCACCAGCGGCCCAUACGGAAAGACCAGCAGCAACAAGCAGUUUGUCAACUUGAAGAACGUGGACCAGAGAGUCGACCACACUGGCACACUGCCUGCAGACUGGAAACAAGGGGACUGCUUCAAUGAGCUGGGGGCCUAUGGAAUCGAUAGAAGAUACAUGGGGAAAUCACUACGAGAUCUGGUGACGGGAGCACCGUAUCACGCCAGCUCCUCUUCCCUCAACAGCUCUGAGAACCCAUACGCCACCAUAAAGGACCCGCCCCUGCUCACGACCAAAAACACAGAGUGCGGCUACGUGGAAAUGAAGUCGCCGGCCAGACGGGAUUCACCGUACGCGGAGAUCAGCAACAGCAGCCCCACCAACAACCGGAACGUCUACGAAGUUGAGCCGACUGUCAGCGCCAUCCCACCCACCGGAGACAGCAAUGGCCACGUGCACUUUGGUCAGGAUCCGUACGAUCUGCCAAAAAACAGCCACAUCCUGUGUCACUACGACCUCCUGCCAGCGAGAGAGAGUCCGUCGUCGGAGCUCCGGGAGCUGGACAGUGACUGAUGCUCCGAGACUCAGCACGGGAUGUUCCACUUUACACCCGCGUCAUACUCUCUCUUCUUUCUCGCAGUUAUACUCUGACGUUGUUGUUGUUAUUAUGUUUCAUGACUUUUUUUCCUGAACAAAGGGGGUGUGUAAGACUUUGGAGGCACGGACGUUUUUAUACGAUUUGAUAACAAUGUCUAGACUGCAAUGAAAGUCUUGGUACAGCAGGUCAUUCCAUAUAUGUCCGGGAGAUGAGAUUUGAACAAAACAGUUGGCAUGAUGUGUUGCCAGCGGCGAGGGUUUCCUCCAGACUGCCUCCGUAACCUCUCUCCGAGAAACUUGGUGUCUUUUGCGUGUGUUUUGUAGUUUCAAUGCAACAAAUCAUACAAAUGGUGACUGCACACACAUUCAGAUUGUAGCGAAUCAUUCGUGGUGUUGAACGCUCCCUCUCAGAGAAGGGGUUUCAGAUGCUGUUGAAUGAUCAGAACGCACCCAAUACCAAUCAAAUCUCCCUCUUUGCAAGUGACGUAUUAGAAAACAGCUAAUAUGAUAUGAAUAUUAGCAAUUGUAUCAAAGAUGAGAUGUUUCUUAAAGUUGGAGUGAGGAGAGGAACCAAAACUACAAGUGCCAUUUCACUUCGUAAAUCGUUUACUCUUACCUGGUAGAAGGCUCUUUUUUUUUUACAUUUUGGAUCAUUUCCAUCAUUUCCUGUUCAGUUCAUCAAUACACAAUAUAGACUGUUUUUGAAUGUUAUCUUAAACAACUGAAACCAGCAUUUAUAAAUAUCAGUCAUACGUACAGCUUAGUGGCCACCAUCAUCUGAUUGGCAUGUUCUUCCAUAAAACAGCACUUUGCAUGAGAGUCUUGUUUUCAUUGUGAAGUACAUAUUUCAUGUGUCUUGCAACAACACGCAGGAUGAGUGUAAUGACGGUUGGUGGCCUGCGCCCAUAGACUUAAGUUGAAUACGACAUCAAAUUUGAUGGGGGGAUAAUAAUACUAAUAAUAAAAUUAAAAAUCAUAAAUAUCCUUUUUUUUAAUUGAAACAAGGAUUUAAAACAGCUGUACUGCAAUACAUACCCCUACCAUUUGAUAAGUUACCUCAAGUAGAGGCCUAUUAUAUUGAGGCCAUACGACAUGAUGUGCUGUAUAUAGAGCUGGGAUCAUCUGACGGACCUUUCCCCUCGGUCAUGUGACCCGUACCUUCCAUGGAGACGUCCUCCGCUCACGACUGGAGACCAUGUUCGGUCACUGUUGAGAAGAAAACCUCUCAAACGUGGACCAAUGGUCCCAACGCGGUCCAGAGACGGAAAACAAAGACUUUGAGAUGAUGUGGCCGAGGCAGGUUGUGACAGUGAGGUCGUGUGGCGACAUGUUUCAUUUAUAAAAUGUCACAGUACUCAUCUCAGUUUCCCUGUAUUCCCUUGUAUUUUUGUGAUGACGUCAUUCUGAAAAUAAGUUAUAUAAGUUGACUGUCUGUUCAUCGUGUUGAUGUAGUACAUACCUAAGUGUUAAUUAACACUUAAUUUUCUUUAGGCCUGUGUGAAAGUGUACAGAACAUUAAUCAUGGAGACACGCGGUGGCUCACACGGUGUUGUUCAGUACGUACCGUACACUUCUUUCUUUUGUUUCCACAGACAAGGAUGUUUCUGAAAUACACCAUCAAAAAGGCUAAAGUGAGACCCACAUCAUAAUCUUUGUAAGGAGCGCAGCAACCCAUAACCUGGCACCAGGCUCUCCCUUAGACUGUGUAUGCACUGUACUUAUUUCAGAGAAGGCGGCUGUGGGACAGACAACACCACGUGGCACCAGUGUGGUCAAUGAUUGUCUUCCUUAUUUAUGCAAAGGUGUUUAUUGCUGAUGAAGAAUCCACGGCACUGCUGGGCCCGACAUGGCAUCCAACACAGAGAAUGACCUUGAAGUGUUUUGUUUUUUCUCUUUUGACGUAAAAAAUGCCGGAUGUCCUGCAACAUGCAGAUGCGGAGGAAACGCGGUGGUUAUUGUUGUUUGUUGAUUGUCAAAGUACCAGGAACUGCUUCCUUAGUAGUAUCACCACCCGGAGGAAACGCAGCCAUUCCACCAUCAGCAAUAUGUUUUGCUAAAUAUGACAGAAGAAAAUGCAAAAUAACAUGAUAACAUCACCAUGUUCAUUCCAGUAGUAGUAAACGUAAAGGGCUCAGCAGAUGAAAUGCAAGCUUAAGCUGGACUUUUGCUUUUUGAAAGGAUAAUAUUGACAGUUUACAUCAUGAAUCUGUCGUAAACAUUGUCAUAUUUCACAGAAUUCCUCACUCUUCAAUCUCAGUUCGAUCGUACCUGUUGUCCUUCCUGUGAUCUAAAUGGCCUCCGAUAGUCUGGAGACAUUCUGAGCCUAUCUGAAAUGUUUUGUAAAAUAAUGUACAUAAUUUGCUCCUGAUGUAAAAAUGUUGAUAUCACCCACUGUCUUAAGUCGGCACAAUUGAAGGCAUGAACAAAUGACGUGUGGCAUUUGAUUGAUCAUGUAACAAUUGUGUGAACUUGUUUUUCCUGAACACUGUGGUGAUUUGGAUGAUUUGAACCACUAAAGACAUUUGCUCUGAAGGCGAUGUUCAACAUGUCCACAGGCCUCAUGUGUUCCAGGCCGGUUCUUUAACCCUCCACUACACAAGCCUCCGCUCACACGUUCCAACAGGCCACCACCACGAGAUUCAAUGUAUAUGCUUUUUGAGGUUUCAUUUUAUUCAUCAUAGAGCUGUUUGUUCAAAUGCUUUGGAAUAAAUUUACAAUGUCAUGAAAUA